AAUANAAAAAAAAAAAAAAAAACUCAUGGGCACUAGAUUCCCAUCUCAUCAGCUAAGCAAUGGGCUCUUUGUAUCGGGCUUACCCGAGCAACCUAAAGAGAAAACACCAACUAUGAGCUCAGUGGCCGUGCCUUACACCGGUGGAGACAUAAAAAAAUCGGGCGAGCUCGGUAAAAUGUUCAUCAUCCCUCCAGAUGGCUCCAAAUCCAGAAAGUCCGGGCCCAUCACAACCCAUUCUGGGCCCAUUUCAACCCAUCACUCUGCAGCCCGAGCUAGCUACUCCACCUCGGGCCCCGUUUCUGGCUUGUCGGGCUCGGCCUCCAUGAAAAAAUCAAACUCUGGGCCUCUGACCAAGCACGGUGAGCCCAUUAAGAAAUCUUCGGGCCCGCAGUCCAACUCCGGCCCGCUGGCCCCUGUACUUCCCACAACAGGCCUUAUAACUUCCGGGCCCAUCUCGUCUGGCCCAAUAAACCAGUCUGGGGCCCUGAGGAAGGCUUCCGGGCCCUUGGACAUGAGCGGGCCCAUGAAGAACCUGGCUGUGACAACUCUUGGUCAGGAGAAGAAGCACUCGUUCGUGAAGAACCUCCCGAGAGCUAUUUUGUGGGCAGUUGUAAUGCUUUUCGUGAUGGGCUUUAUUGCUGGGGGAUUUAUCCUUGGCGCGGUUAAUAAUGCUAUUCUUCUAGUUGCUGUGUUCGUUCUGUUCGUUUUAGUGGCUGCUUUGUUCGUUUGGAAUUUGUUCUGGGUGAGAAAGGCUGUGAUUGGAUACAUUGCUAGCUAUCCGGAUUCCGAGCUCAGAACUGCUAAAAAUGGACAAUUCGUCAAAGUCACCGGAGUGGUCACGUGUGGAAAUGUUCCUCUGAAGUCCUCCUUCCAGAACUUUCCGAGAUGUGUGUUCACUUCUACAAGCUUGUACGAGUACAGAGGAUGGAGUUCCAAGCCCGCAACUCCUACUCACUGUCGUUUCACAUGGGCACUUCGAUUUUCAGAGAAACAUGCUGUCGAUUUUUACAUAUCUGAUUUCCAGUCUGGUCUGAGGGCAUUGGUUAAAGCUGGGUACGGUUCACACGUAACUCCAUAUGUAGAUGAAAAUGUUGCCAUAAAUGUUGAUCCUUCAAAAAACGACACUUCUCCCGAGUUUAUCCGUUGGUUGGGAGAGAGAAAUCUCACUCUCGAGGAUCGUUUAAUGCGACUUAAAGAAGGGUAUAUCAAGGAAGGAAGCACUGUGAGUGUGAUGGGCAUCGUUCAAAGGAAUGAAAACGUGCUGAUGAUAGUGCCUCCAAACGAGCCCUUCACAACCGGAUGCCAGUGGACCAAAUGUACAUUACCAGCUAGUUUUGAUGGACUUGUUUUAAGGUGUGAGGACUCGUCAAAUGUUGAUGUUAUACCCGUGUGAUAUUCAAAAGUCUCGAACGAGUCUCUCUAAUCGUAUAGAAGUUUCUGCUGUUGGAAAUGUGGUGUUUGGCAAAUUAUGGGGCAAAACAGUUUAAAGCCCUUUUUUUUUUUAUAUAUAUAUACUUUAUUUUUUUUGUUCUUUCUUGUUCUUCUUCAGAUGCUGUGUAAGACUGUUUUGUGCUCUUUUUUUUGUACAGUAUUUUGGAUUCUGAAAGGUUUGGUAUGGGUUUAGUUUGUUUGUUGCUGUAAAUUUUAUGUUAUUGUGGUUUUAUGUGUUGGUUUUUGCAGGGAAUGAAAACAAAGUAUUCUUCAGACUUCAGGCAUGCUUUUGAUUUUUAUCUUUUAUCCAUUUUUAGGAGUUUUAAUUACACACCCACUUACUUAUGCUAUGACUUUAUUUUGAAAGUUAGCUAUUUUUCAUAUUAUAUAGUUUAAAUUUAUUAUUGUUCUACUAUCUCUGAUUUGAUGUUAGUUAUGUGGGUGAAGAAUAUUAAAUUAAUGUAUCAAUUGAAAAAAAU